UUAUGGCACACUAAAACAUUGUUGGCCUGGAGGCAACAGCACACCCGCGCAACGCACAUAUAAGAAUGGUGUGCCUGUGUGGGUCUCCGUGUGUGUGGUCGGGCAUUCUGUGUCUGCCGCGCGGACCUUGAUGUCAUUAUAGGCGAGGCCGCGGGCGUGGAUGAAGGCCAAGGCGGUGAAGAUGCCGUUGAAAAGGGUCUUCAUCUGCGCCUCGCUCACCACGCCCGACAACUCACACAACUCUCGGCCUGCACACAAAGAACCAACACACACACAUGACGACAGGUGCAGUGGUACCCUCUCCAUCUCCCUUUCUCUGUGUGUGCGUGUGUGUGUCUUGGCUGACCCUCUAUAUACUCCAUGAUCUGCACCGUCCGCCCGGUAGUGUUGAAUGAGUCGUAAUAGCGGACGAUAUUCGGGCAACUAUCCAGACCCCCCGCCCUAUACAGCCCAUAGGAAUCCCCCAUGCAGUAUAUCUGCAGUGAGGUAACGGACAGACAGAGAUCACACACACACAGACGAGAUGAGUGUAUUCAUUCAGGUGAGGUCGACUUGAUCCAUUUGUCAAUCCUCAAAUCCUUACCCCGCCCGGCGAGUACUCCUGUUUGAGUACCUUGGCGAUAUGCCGCCCGCCCGCCUCCCGCCACAGAGUCCCCUGCCCGCCCUUGGCGAAGGGCUUGCCCUCCAGCACACGCACCCCCGCCCUCCUCCACACCUCCCCCUGCACAGGCAGACAGCAACCACCACACAGACACACAGACGUAUCCAUCUACCAGUGCAUGCAGAUGCAGGGUCCAUCUCUGACCUUGAGCUGCUGCGCCUCCCGCUGCUGCUUGGCGCACUCCUGCUGGGUGCGCUUGACGGCCUUUUACGGACACACAUCAUACCAAAGUCGUGUGCGUUUCCCCUUUCUUUCCAGCUGAGCUCUGUGCACUCAUUAACUCUUUCAUACGCACGUACCUGUGCCGCCUGCUGCCAGAACUGCCGCUGCUGGCGCUCUAUGGCCUCGAUGGCCUCCAACUCGCGCGCGGCCGCCUGCUGCGCCUGCUGCACCUGUUGCGCCUGCUGCACACAAACCAAGGACCCAAAGAACACAUUUGAUGUCCGUAUGCGUCGUGUGGCGCCGUGCAUCCCAUUCAACACGACCAUGCAUCCCUGAGGCUCCCUCUAGGCUACCUCUGCUGCUGCGGCGUCCUUGGCCGUACGGCCUCCAAAGCGGCGUCACCCGGUCACGCGUGUCAUCGGCAUCUUUCUGAAUCGCCCGAAGAGGGACGCCCGCGCCCAUCACCGCCACUUCUGCGG